GUUCAGGGAAUUACAUUUUUUCAUUCAUAUUGUGAUGCUUACCCCUUUUCUGUAUGAAUUGAAGUUUUAUAAGCUAGGUAAGCAUUGGCCAGAAACUUUAAGAUCAUUUGUGAAGUUUUAGGAGGUCUCUACAUGUGAUUAUUAUGAGAUCUUAUCAUAGACAGAUUAGAUCCUAAUCUUAUUUAAUACUUUGAAAAAAUAUAUAAAUGGGAUUAUUAAAUAUUAUAUUUUCUUCCACUUUGGUUUAUAAAUUUUCAGGGAACACUGGAGUCAUACUUUAGGAAUCUGAAUUUAAAAGUUGAGCUGACAGUAGUUUAUAUUCAAAGGAAAUGUGUAAACCUUUGGAAAAAAUAGUUCAAGACUAAAAUUCAAGCGUUUUACUUUGAUAUUCAUAAUUAUUUUUCUUUUCAAUAAUCAACUUUUUAAAAAACUGGAAUCUGUGAAGAAAAAUGAUGCCAUUUAGUGACAUGAAGUACAAUUUAGGAUUUGGGAUGGUAAGAAAUUCUGUUUGUAUAUUGACAAGUGCCCCUGAGAUAUUCCUGAGCUUCUUUUCUAGGCUGCAGAGAAUCUUCGUUGAUGUGCACAGUGUCAUGGCACAUGAAUAAGAGAAGAUGGCUAGGACCUUUGACCAGCUUUUGAAUAAAUAGCUGGUAUCAGACAGCAGCAGACUUGGAGUGACCAAUCUGAGAACGUGCUUCAAAACAAGGCUGGGUGCAAAGAUCGUGCGCUCAGAUGCAUCACCAUCGGGGAAUGAAUGAAACACACAGACCUUGGACUCAGCUUCUACCUCUGGAAUCUUCUGUUCACACCUACAAGUGCAGAGUAAAUCACCUCAUUCAUGGCACCUCCUGGGGAGGCGAUCUCUACUGCUGACUAUAGAAGUGAGAAAAAUGUAAGCUUAGUGGGAGGGGAAGGGAUAGCUGUUACCAAGCUCCAGAGAGGAGCUGCUUGCUCCAUGUGGGCUCUGAGUUUAACUCUACCCUUUGAUACACUUUAUUAAUAAAAAGCUUCUAUAUUUUUCUAAAAGCAGUUUUGGUAAGAAUAGUUUAUACAAGCUUUACAUUAGGGCAGAAGUGAAUCCCCUUUUGCUUGUUAUGUGUUUUUUUUUUUUUAUAAAGGAAGAUUAGGAGAGAUUUUUCUUUUUCAUUCAGCAAGAGAAAAGAAAUUUAAAUGGCUUUUUAAACUAUGAAACUUGCUUUUCAGGUCAUGUUUAGAGCUGAGUACCAAAUUGAUUAUCAGUUUUUUAAACCAAGCAAAUUGGUUUUUCUGGUAAGAAAAUGGAGCUCAAAAGAAGAGUUUAAGUACAUAUAUCACGGGAAGGCCGUGCUCCGGUCAGCCGGGAAGGCUCACGGCUGUGCCAACGGAUGCGACCGAAAUUCGUGCUCCAGAGGCGCUGACGCUGGAGGCGGAACUCCGCCCGGCACCGUGCGGCCGCGCGCCCGCAAGUCACACUCGCUGCGCUCGUUCAUCCUGUCCUCGGUGCACUCUCAAAUUUCCCAUUCUAGUCUCAGAAAAAGCUUUUCAAAAUCGCCAUCACCAUGAUGCAUCAUCAUAAAGCACUCAAGUCUGCCAUGCAAAGUCGCAGAGGAAGCCGGCACUUUGCCGCAGACCGCAGGCUCCCUGCUCGAGGCGCCGGUGCUCCUCUGCGGGUCGCCCGGCGUCCUGUCCCUCACGGGGCAGGGGUCACCUCCCGAUCCGCUCCGGCCAGGUGCCGCCACCGUGCCCUGCCUAGCAGCACUGCGACGAGCAGCCUCCCCGCCGGCUUUCCCUCCGGCUUCCGGAAGUGCCCGCUUUGCACGGUGACCGACGAGGCCGGCCGCCAGCCUGAGGGCUGCGCCGUGGUGGCCGUGGCUGUGAAGGGACGGCUGCGAAGGCCCCUCUGGGCACGAGCACCCCUGAGAGCCAGGGCGGGCGCCACAACCAAGCCCCGCUUCUUCCCUAAGGUGCAGACUGCACCUGGGCGGCGGCGUUGCCGGGCUUCCUGCAUCCCCGACAGACUGUGGCGCGAGGGCCGCACCAAGAUGGCGCCCGUCCGCGGCCGGCGUCCUGAAGGGGACCUGCGGUGCCGCGGCCGGGCCUCCUUCCGCGGGGGCCUCGGGGGCACAGCCGGGACCUCCUCCCGUGACGGGUCCCAGGACCUGGUGGGCGCAGCUGCGGGCCUUCUGCUUCGGGCCUUCGUCCCUCUCGCCCGCCAAACGCCACUUGCCAGGUGAGAAGCCGGCGAGGCCGUUGCGGAUGCUCACCCUGGCAGAGACGCAGCCCACCCGCCUGACAGACUGACCAAGGGGACAGACGGGGCCAGUGACUUUGGAGACAGGGCACCCAUGGCCAGUCUCCCUGGGCCCUGGGCAGAGGGCGGAUCCAUGGUGGAGGGAGAUGCCGAGGGCCCGGUGAGGAGGCUGGGGGUGAGACAGUGAAGGACACCCGGGCAAGGCUCCCCAGAGGACCGUGUGGUCCCUGUGUCCCAUUCUGGUGUGGGGACCCCGUGGUGAGGACUCGCCCUCGUGAAACCACUCAGGGCCCUUAACUCUCCUUGCCUGGAGGAGCCCCGGCGCUCCUGCAGCCCAGCCCAAGACACAAGACUCUACAGAGUCCCCAAGCCCGUGGGGGCCUUUCUGGACAACCUCUCAGGGCAGGGAAGAGACAAGCAGGCCAGGCACCCGUCGGGAGAGUGGCCCUGCUUUCCUGGCAGGGGGACCUCAGGGUGGUUCCAGACCCUGUCUCCCCAGCUGAAUCUGAAAAUCGAACACAGUAUUAAAAAAUGAGAUUAUUGAGGAAAUUUAAGCUGAUUCUACAGUAUACUUGGAAAAAUUAAGAAAAAAAGAGGAUUAACUUGUCCUUCCAGGUAUAAAAAUAUACUAUAAAGCUAUGGUAAUUAAAGUGGUACUGGUGUGGGAAAACAUAAGUUAACUCAUGGAGCAGGAUAGGAACCACCAACCAGACACCUAAUUGUGGGAUUUUAGUUUCUGAUAAACGAGAUGUUUUAAAGCAGAAGUAUUUCAGAUUGUUGUCCAAAUAAAUGGUAUUAUGACAGGUAUCUAUAUGACAAAAAUAAUGUUAUGUUCGUAUAUCACAUGUAAAAGAAAUUCCAAAACAUUGAAGUUUAAAAUAGAUGAGAAUACAAGAAGAAAAUAA